CAUCCCCACUGUCACGGUUUCUUUAAGAUAUGGGCUUUGGAAAAUCAAAAGUGGGAAAAAAGAAAUAAAAGAAAAGAGAGAAAGAGAGAGAGAGAGAGAGAGAGAGAGAAGACCACGAUUAAAGGAAGAGAGAGAGGACCGAGAGCAAUUCGGGCGAGAAGAAGAAGAAGAGGAGAAAGGAGGAAGAAAGGAAAGAGGGUUUAGCGUCUGCAUGCCGCGGACACCUCACCAAGCCAACUCGACUCUGUGAUGCAGCACCCAAUUUCUCGGCUAACCAUGAGUAGUACGAGAGCAAUAACAUCAAGGGGACUCUGAAAGUUGGAUUUUGGUGGGUUGAGGCUACGUCUUUUGGGUAAAAGGACGACCGUGCCAUCCCAUUUUUUUUAUGGUUUUGGGGUACGACAGUUUCAAAUUCCAUUUUCAUUUAGUUUGAGAUCGGUCAUCUUCCCCUGCCAUGCCUGAAAGAGAAAAUUGCCGCUUGGUGUUGGUCCUCUUCCCCUUGCAGGGCCACAUCAACCCCAUGCUUCAGCUGGCCUCCAUACUGAACUCGAGAGGCUUCCCAAUAACCAUCGCUCAUCCUCAGUUCAACUCGCCCGAUCCUUCCAACUAUCCGAAUUUCACCUUCUUACCAAUACCAGAUGGCUUGUCCAAAGGCAGCUUUGCUGCUAAGGACUUCCACUCGACCAUGCUUGCCAUUCACAGGAACUGCCAGGAACCCCUGCGACAGUUUAUUCAACAAACGUUGGAACAGAAGGAUCCAAAGGACCAGGUUGCGUGCAUCAUCUAUGAUGCGGUGAUGCACUUUGCUCAAAAGGUGGCUUCUCAAUUGAAUCUGCCAAGUAUAAACGUUCGCACCAGCGCAGCUGCUUCUAUGUUGGCUUUUGCCGCCUUUCCCCGGGCCAACGAGCAAGGCUAUGUAACUUUCACAGAUUCUUUAAUUCAGGAUGAAACCCACGAGUUGCAGUCCCUCAAACUCAGGGACCUUCUUAUCACCAUGGGGGAGAAUCCCUCAGACACCAUCCUAGAGCUUCGGGCUGCCACGACAAGUGCAACAAGAAAUUCCAGUGCAAUCAUCGUGAACACAAUACAUUUCCUCGAAGAAGAAAUUCUACCAAAGAUUCAAGAAUAUUUCCCUGAACCAAUAUUUGCCAUCGGCCCUUUUCACAAGUUAGCCCCUUCUUCCUCUAGCUCAUUACUGAAGGAAGAUACCGGGUGCACUUCAUGGCUCGAUAAACAAGCUAGCAGAUCAGUUUUAUACGUGAGCUUGGGCAGCGUGGCUAGCAUGAAUGAGGAACAACUGCUUGAAACUGCCAUGGGAUUGGCCAUGAGCGAGCGGCCUUUCUUGUGGGUGGUACGACCCGGUUCGGUGAGCUGUGCAGAGUGGCUAGAGCUCUUGCCAAAGGAAUUCCAAGAAAUAAUAGGGCAAAGAGGCUGUAUUGUGAAAUGGGCACCGCAGAAGGAAGUUUUGGCUCAUGGUGCAGUAGGAGGAUUUUGGACUCAUUGUGGAUGGAACUCGACUUUGGAAAGCAUCUGCGAAGGCGUUCCUAUGCUCUGCUGGCCGGUGUUUGGUGAUCAAGGUCUGGAUGCAAAGUACAUAAGCCACAAAUGGAAGAUCGGCCUGGAGUUGGAAGGGAAGCUAGAACGGGGGAAGAUUGCAGGAGCCAUCAGGCGACUAAUGGUAGAGGAAGAAGGGGAAGUGAUCAGACAAAAGGCUUCGGCAUUCAAAGAGAGGGCUGAACAAAGUCUCGGCACAGGCGGUUCCACAAACUCUUCAUUGGAUGAACUGGUGGAACUCAUCCUGUCAUUCCAACCUCAAUGCAAAACAGCGGAUUAACCAUCAAUUCCGCGUUCCAACCGCCACCGGAGAGGGACAUUUUGCUCGCACCAAAAAGUCCAGUGGCAGAUCGGAGAUCAGCAUCAUAUUUCUCUUUAGAUUGCAUCCUCAAAAUUCAUAUCUCAGUUUCCCGGCAUUUCAAUACCAGAACUUCAGAUUUGCAAUUUGGCAAUUACGCAUAUGUAUGUUUUCCCUCCUCUUAAAACAAAA